AUCAAUGAUCAACAUUAUCACCAAACCAAAGCUUGAACAAAUUGGUCAGUCAGUAGUAGAAGAAUGUGGAACACAUUUGAAGUUGGUAUGGUGGAUUUUGACAAAAAUAUUUAAAAAACCUUCGGACUGUCAACUUUUUUACCCUAGUCCCUAAAUAUGACGCGGCGCCUGAACGGAGGUACGAAUAUGAAUGUCUGUUGAAUCUCGAAUAUGAAACUGAUUUCACCUCGGUCCAUUACAUUGAGUAAAUUCCUUUCGCCACAGGCACCGACUCAACAAGAUGUAAAAAGUAUUCCACAUGGAUGCUGGUUCCAUGAUCAAUCUAAUGCUUCCCACAGUGUGAUGUUGGAUGGUCCUGGAUCUCUACUUCAAAUAGCUCAAUAUCAUCCCAUAUGUGCUCAAUUGGGUAGAAAUCUGGUGACUGGGUUUGUAGCACCAUUCAUGACCAAUUCUAGCCUUGUGGUAUGAGACAUUAUUCAGCUUUAAAAAACAGUAGCAGAUGGAUGCACUGCUGCUAUGAAGAGAUGCACUUUAUUGGCAAAGAUACUCAGAUGUUGCGUGGUAUUAAAAAGUUACUCCACUUUCAUGAAGGGGCAAUGUGUGUGCCAUGAAAGCAAAGCACCCCACAACAUCACACCAACACCCUCACCCUGCAAUGUUAUCAUGCAGCAUGAGGAAUUCUAGACUGCAUUAGGAAAGGUGCUAGACCUCUUUUCGUCCUCCCAUAAGCAUGUAAAAUGCAGGGGCAGCUAUUCAUCAACCCAGGCAAAUGUUUUUGCAAUUUUACCCACUGUAUACAGCAGAUACAAUACUCAGUUCGAUUGCCGAGUCGGCUGCAAUGUCCUAUUCGUCUCACUGUAGGAGUUGUUCAGUAUAGCCUUAUGGACUAACAAGUGGCUCACCUAGUUCUACCUAGAUACUUGCAUAUCCCUUUCAAAUGUAUCAAUUUUGCCCAUUUAUCCUCUCAAUGUCACUUACGCAAUGUGACAACGUGAAAUGUUUUAGGCCUAAUAGUGUCGAGGCUUAACAACCUUCCAUCUUGUAAAAUGCAUAUUAGCGAUGUUUUCAUACUACGGAACUGUGCGGUGAUCCAAAACACCCAAGUCCUUGCUGUGGAUAUUACUGCGCAAUACAUUCUGUAAUGUGUCUGCCUCUAAAAACAAUAGUUCUAUAUGUUACCAAAAACGUGAACUAAAUGAACUCGAAAAAACGUUAUUCAAACAACCUUUCUUGGGAAUAUUUGCAAACAGCAUUUUUGUGUCCUAGAUACAACUACAUGUUACAUAUAAAUAUUAAAACAAGAUCCGGUUGGUCGAACAGGAAGCAAAGAGAUACUGAUGGCGCCCGAAUAGAAGAGCAACUACAAUUGCUUACAUAUCCUUAUUCUUUUGGGGAUUUCUACUAAGAUCUACGGUUUUCAAAUCGGAAUUCACGAUGGACUCUGAGGAGAUUGAGGUGGAGAGCAGUAGCGAUGUGGGCCCCUCGGGGAUGGAGGAGCCGUCUGAGAGUGGCAUGGGCAUGGAGUCGUCUGAGGCCAUGUCUGCAGACAGCAGCGAUGCCGCCUCGGCUCACCAUGGCACACCGGCCCCCGAGUCUGACUGCCACGUGGGGCAGAGCUCAGAGGGGCUCAUGGUGUUCCUCCCGGAGACCAGCUCGAGCACAGACGUCCGAGCCACUGCCCACCUCCCAGACUCCUCCUCGGUGGCCCAAUCCACCAGCGUGUCCAGCGUCUCCACGGUAACCCAGUCCAUCCUGGUGUCAGAGUCAGCCCAGGUGCUGGUCCACUCCAGCGCGGUGUCGGACGGGUGCAUGAUGGUGUCUGACUCCACGGCCUCCACCUCCUCAGACAUGGGUUCCGCCAUCGACAAAAUCAUUGAAUCCACCAUUGGGCCCGACAUCAUGAAUGGUUGCAUUGCAGUUACCAGUGCUGAGGAUGGGGGUGCAGAAUCAGACCGGUACCUGAUUCUACAAGGACCAGAUGAUGGGGCGCCUAUGGUGGCCCACAUGUCCUCCUCGGCCUUGUCCAGCCGCAUCGCUAUUGAGGCCCUGUCAGAGGGUCCCACCUCCACCUGCCAUGACCAGGGGGACCUGCAGGGGGGUGUGGAGCCUGACCACUCCGACGACCAGCCAGGCCCCUCCGGCUACAGCUCGGCCCACCCUGACCAGCCCCAGCACUCCUCCCAGUAUGUGGAGUGCAGUGGAGAUGGGCCGGACCAGACCGGGGAGUCUUCCUCCUACAUGGAAUCGUCCAGAGAGGAGCCCGAUCAGACCAGGUCCCGGUCCAGUUUUCCGGUGUAUGGCCGGGCGGACAACUCGGACCAGGACCUUCCGGGGUACGUGGAGUGCAGUGGUGCCGACUCCAACCCCUCCCACCACGGCCGGCGCUACGUGGUGGAGUGCAGCGACAGGGGCUACCUGCCGUCGGCUGAGCGGCCGCAAAACUCUCGCUACAUUGACAGUAGCGAUGACCACUCUCAGAGCCGACAGUACGGGGCCCAGUAUGGGGCACAGCACGGGGCGGAUGCAGACUCGGAGCAGCCUGGCUGUUCACACUCCGAGUACCAUCCCCAGGAGGAGGAUGAGGAGGCAGAACCAGACCAGCCCCAGCACUCUGGACAGCCUCAGAACUCCUGCUACCUGGAGACCAGCGAGGGGCCGGAGGGCUCCCUCUACGCCGACGAGGGCACUUCCUCAGACCAACCCUUUGCCGACACCGCUGGCCCCUGUGAGCUGUCUGAGGCUGUGGCUUGCGGCGAGUGCCAGCCGGGGCCAUACAUCAGCAGCAGCGGCACCUACUCCUCCCUUCCGGAGCCAGGCGCCGCGCCAAGGUCAGGGGGGGACGAGGACGACAGGGGGGUGGGGGCAUCAGGCGUGGCGGCGGGGGAGGGGACGGUGGAGGAGGAGGAGGAGGGGAGCGGGACGCGGGCGCCAAACCUGGCUGAACUUGAGGAGAUGAUGGAGGUGGUGAUCGUGCAGCAGUUCAAGUGCAAGAUGUGUCCCUACAAAAGCGUCUCCAAGGACACGCUUAUCAACCAUAUGAGGGACAGGCACUUCAAACCAGCAGGUGACUUCCCAAAGAAGCGCGGCCGCGGGCGUCCCAGGAAGAGCGAGCAACUGGCCCGUCUGAGGCGGGCAGAGGUGAAGGGAGAGGAGGAGAGGAACCAGAAACCCCCGGCACCAGAGGAGGAGGAAGACGACAUUGUGGACGCGGGGGCCAUUGACGACCCGGAAGAGGACAGUGACUAUAACCCAGCAGACGAGGACUGCAGGGGCCGACCGCCUGUCCCUCUGCAGAAGCCCCCCCCUCCCUGCUCCUCCUCCUCCCACGGUCGCCCCCGGCGCCGGGCCGGCCGGCCCAGGAAGUUCAGCCUCAUUGAGGAGGGCUACAGCACCAGAGGUGAGACAGCUUCUGGGAGCCCAGCCAAGAGACCUAAGACUAGCGCAGCGGAAGAGCCCAGCUUGCCGGAGGAGGCCAGCUCAUCCGGCAUGGGAAACAGACCGGUGCCUUCCAACGGCGGAGAUGAGGCAGAGGCGGGCAUCAGCCAGUCGGACUCCGAGAACAAAGACCCUUCCUCCAACAUGCCGCUGGAGGAGGAGUUCUUCCCCAGGAAGAGAGGGCGACCCUCCAAGAGGUUCCUCCGUAAGAAGUACAAGAAGUACAUGAACCGCAAUAGGUACUGUAAGUCCCUCAAGCCACUGGUGAGGCCUCACAACUGUUGGAUCUGCGGCUCCCGCUUCAUGUCCCAGGACGACCUGCGCUUCCAUGUGGACUCCCAUGAGGGCAACGACCCUGAACGCUUUAAGUGCCUCCAGUGUAACUACCGCUGCAAGCGCUGGUCCUCACUCAAGGAGCACAUGUUCAACCACGAGGGCAACAAGCCUUUCAAGUGUGAGGAGUGCGACUACAGCAGCGUGUACAGAAAGGACGUGAUCCGACACUCUGCCACACACAACAAGGACAAGAAAAUAAAAACGGAGUUGGUUGCUUUGCAUGUAUCUCAGUGUCCCAGGGUGUCCCAGUUCGCCUGCCCGGUGUGUCACAGGGUCUAUCCCAUGCAGAAAAGACUCACACAGCACAUGAAGACGCACAGCACUGAGAAACCCCACAUGUGUGACAAGUGUGGAAAGUCUUUCAAGAAGCGCUACACCUUCAAAGUGCAUCUUCUGACCCACAUCCAAACCCUAGGGGACAGUAGUUUCAAAUGUGAGUUUUGCGACUACACCUGCGACAACAAGAAGCUGCUCCUUAAUCACCAGCUAUCCCACACCAACGACAAGCCCUUCAAGUGUGACUACUGUAAAUACUCCACAUCUAAAGAGGACUUCCUGGUGUCCCACCUGGCCAUCAAGCACACAGGAGAGAAGCCAUUCUCCUGCGACAUGUGCCACUUCAUGACGAGGCACAGGAAGAACCUGCGCCUGCACGUGCAGUGUCGCCACGCAGAGGCCUUCGAGGAGUGGAGCACCAGCCACCCCGAGGAGCCGGUCCGCCGCCGCCGCCGCCCCUUCUUUACCUUGCAGCAGAUUGAGGAGCUCAAGCAGCAGCAUGACGACACGCACGGCCUGCACAACGCAAUCGUGGUGGACCCUGAUACGCUACAAGCUAUGCAGGGCAUGGACAAUGCCUCUGUCACCCAGGAUGCCUUGGGAAACACCACCAUUAUCUAUGAACAAGCUGAGUCCACUGACCUGUCGGCCCAGAAUGCCCUGGACCUGCUGUUGAACAUGAGCAACGCGCGGGAGCUUGUUGGAAACUCCCUUCAGGUGGCAGUGUUGAAGUCUGAUGGAAGGGCCCUAGAGGCAGGCUCCUGGACGGGCCUGGCCUCAGCGCCGGGCCAGCCCCAGAAGGUUGUGACCUUCCAUGUAUCGGAGAACGGCGAGACGGUGGUGCAGGAGGCCUACGAGGCGGCCAGCGCGGAGACGGGCGAGCUGGCGCAGAUCGCCAUCGAGGCGUACGAGGGGGCGGAGGACUUCAGCGUGGUGGAACAAGCGGCGGAAGAGAUCCACAGCACCGGCCCCGGAUACAGUGUGGAGAGCAGCUCCCCAGCCAGCCAGGCCACGGAGGACAGUGGCGUGUCGGGGUCAGACAACCACAAGGGUCACAGCGACAAAUACUACCUGACCUCUGGGCUCGGGGACGGGGAGCUACAGCAGGUGGAGUUGAGCAGUGAGGCCCCUGGUUCUCCCUGCACGCUGGGCUCCCCCCAGCAGAGCCUCAACCCCAAGAGGUUCUCCUGCCGUAUCUGCAUGGAGUCCUUCCACGGACGCUCCGACAUGGAGAACCACAAGAGGGCCCACCUGGACCCAGGGACCUUCAAGUGCCCUGACUGUGACUUCACAGCCUCGUCCUGGCCUGAGGUCAAGACUCACAUGGGGCUGCAUGCCUACCUGCGGCCUCACAAGUGCCCCAGCUGCAGCUUCGCCUCCAAGAACAAGAAGGACCUGCGGCGGCACAUGAUGACACACACCAAUGAGAAGCCCUUCUCCUGCGAGCUGUGCGGACAGAGGUUCAACCGUAACGGCCACCUCAAGUUCCACAUGGAGCGCCUCCACAGCCAGGACCCCCCCACACGCAAGCCCCGCUCCUGCACCCCCCAGCACACCAUCAUCGUCAACAGUGACGAAGAGGCCCUGGCCUCACUGCAGUCCUUACAGGCUAACCAGGCAGUGAUCAAUCCUGAACGCCUGCAGCAGGCUUUGGGCCAGGAGCACAUCAUAGUAGCCCAGGACCAGACCCUUUCUGACCAGGAGGAGGGCAGCUACAUCCAGCAGAUAACCACUGUGGACGGCCAGACCAUACAGCACCUCAUGACGGGAGACAACCAGGUGACGGAGGUCCAGUACAUCAUUUCUCAAGACGGAGUCCAGCACUUGAUCCCACAGGAGUAUGUAGUGGUGGCAGACGGCAACCACAUACAGAUGCCAGAUGGACAGAUUAUCCAGUAUGAGCAUGAUGGUACCUUCCUCCAGGAACAGCAGAUUGCCCUGAGCCAUGAUGGACAGAUUCGUUAUUUACCCAUCAGCUCUGAGCAGCAGAUAGUCAGCCCUGAGGACCUGGAGACUGCGGCCCAUUCUGCAGUGUCAGCAGACGCAGCCAUGAGCCAGACCCAGACAGUUUACACGGAGGCCACACCAGAACAACUGCAGCAGCUGCAGCAGCAAGGAAUCCAGUACGACGUCAUCCACUUCACUGACGAGUGAAGCUGUGUACCGUUGGUGGCCUUCAAUCAUGGAGAAUGGACAGAUGAGCUCCAACAUAGGAUCUGUGGCCUUGGACUGCUUAGGCUGGGACUCGUAGCUACAAAAUGGAAAGUCCUUAUCUUUUCUGACGGAAUUCUCAAACAUAUUAUUGAGAGCAUUUGUAAAUCCUAAAUAUCGCACCUGUGUCGUCCUAAUCUAAUCAUAGGGCCUGUGCAUUAAAGUUUUCAGGCCGACUAGGUUGGACUACUCUGUACUUAAAUCAACCUAUUGGCACAUGCCUGGACCUCUUUGGAAAUUAGAUGGCUGAAAUCAUGUUUUAGAUUUAGACGCAUUGCUUCAAAUGGACUGAAGUACUUUGAAAUAAGAGAAUUCUCCAAAACAAAUUGUUUAUUUUCAAUGAUAUGUAAGAAUAGAUUUGCCUGUCGUAAAGAGCUGUUUGGAUUUUACUGUCUGAGAGUUAAGUGUUGUGAAUGAUUAUGAACCUAAUCGUUUGUACAGAUUCUGUUUGAAUUAUGGAAAAUAUAAGGUUUGUUUGACUUUGUUAGCCAAUGAAAACAAUGCUAAAUAAGCUCCAAGAUGAUACCAAAUUAUUAACAAAGACUGUAUAAACUCUUUCACUUUCA